UUCAUCGCCGCCACCUUCUCGCUCCUCGCGAGGUACGACGCCCUCGGCGGCGCCGGCUACCAGGCUGCGCUGAACGAGACGGCGUUCGACGUGCUGAAGAAGAGGCUUGGGGUUGGGUGCGAGGCUUUUGCGUCCCCGCUGAACUGCCGCUACGGCCGCUUCUGCUCCGCGUUUCCCGACGUGGACUCCCCGUUCGGAUCUCUCGGGUCGUUUUUUCACUUCGCACCCACGCGAGGGUCGUUCGAGAUGAACCCGCCGUUCGUGCCGGAGGUUUUAAUGGCCGCCGCGGAGCGCGCCGAGUCGCUCUUGGCGGCGGCGGAGGACUCCGGCGGUCGGCUCUCCUUCGUCGUCGUCGUGCCCGCGUGGCGAGACGUGCCCAUGUGGAGGGCGCUGGACGAGUCCCGGUUCAAACGCGGGGAGACGCUCGUGGUGCCGGCGUCCGAUCACGGGUUCUGCGACGGGGCUCAGCACUGCAGGCCCCCGAGGGAGAGGCACAGGGUCAGCAGCUACGACACCGGGGUGUUUUUCUUGCAGACGAGCGCGGGCGCAAGGCGAUGGCCCGUGACGGACGAGAUCAGGGCGGAGCUCGUGGCGGCGAUGAAGCAGGCG